GCCCCGGAUUCCUGAAGAGCACAUGUGAGUCUCCACAAAGCAACUGUUUUGAACUUGUGAAUCCUGAGCAUGAUGUGGAAAUCCGGCCUCAGGUUACUGUCAACUACACCAAAGCUGCAGAAGGCCAGUUCAGCUCAGCACGCUUUGAGCGAUUUUCUAGCUGGAAAAGAUUACUGCAAGCUAUCACAAAACUCAUUGAAGUAACAAGAACAUUCUCCAAGUCACACAAAGCGGAUGCUGUUGAUGCAUGGUGGCAAGCAAAAACAGUCAUCAUUCGUUGUGUCCAGCAAGAGUCCUAUGGAGAAGAGUUAAACUGUUUGAGAGACAGGAUUCGACUCUCAAAGAAGAGUCCACUGGGAAAGUUAAAUCCUUUCAUCGACGAGGACGGACUCCUUCGGAUUUGAGGACACCUUGUCAACGCUGACUUACCAAGGGAUGAGAAACAUCCUGUCAUACUGCCAAAAACACAUCACAUCACAACUCUCAUAGUGAGGUACUACCAUGAGGAAGUUGUCCAUCAGGGUCGUCACUUUACUGAAGGAGCCAUCCGGUCAGCAGGAGUGUGGAUAGUGGGAGGAAAACGGCUGGUGUCUAGUGUCCUCUAUAAUUGUGUGACCUGCAAAAAACUGAGAGGGAGGUUGAUGGAGCAGAAAAUGGCACCACUACCAGCUGACAGACUCACCUGUGAACCUCCUUUUACCCAUGUCGGGCUGGAUGUUUUCGGGCCAUGGAGCAUUGUCACUCGCCGCACUCAUGGAGGCAGUGCAGAAAGUAAGCGAUGGGCAGUGUUAUUCACUUGCAUGAGCACGAGAGCGACACACAUUGAAGUGUUAGAAUCUAUGUCCACUUCAAGUUUCAUAAAUGCUUUAAGACGAUUCUUUGCUAUCCGUGGGCCAUCCAAACAGCUUCGCUCUGACAGAGGCACAAACUUUAUUGGAGCAUGCAGAGAGUUGAAAAUCAGCACCAGUGAUCCAGAGCUGACAAGUUACCUGGACAAACAAGGCUGCACAUGGACUUUCAACAGCCCCCAUUCAUCCCAUAUGGGAGGUUGUUGGGAAAGACUGAUAGGUGUAGCACGUCGUAUCCUGGAUGGGAUAUUGCUGCGGUCUGACACCAAACACCUCACACAUUAAGUGUUGACAACACUGAUGGCAGAGGUCGUGGCCAUUUUAAAUGCCAGGCCAUGGAUUCCAGUGUCAACUGACCCUGACAAUCCUACUAUAUUGACACCUGCAAUGAUUCUUACUCAAAAGAUGACUCCGGUGACAGCUCCUCCAGGUGACUUCGAUCACAAAGAUCUUCACAAAAAACAGUGGAAACAAGUGCAGUGUUUAGCGGAAAGCUUCUGGAAACGAUGGAGACAGGAAUAUCUGGUGACUCUUCAGAAACGUCACAAGUGGACUGAUGACAAGCCAAACAUUCAAGUGGAUGAUGUAGUUCUGAUGAAAGACAGUGAGGCUCAACGGAACAACUGGCCUAUUGGACUUGUGGUGAAGACAUUGCCGAGCAAAGACAACAAAUCUUACAGAAAAAGAAUGAAUGGAAGAACUGUGAAAUAAAACUGAG